AUGGAUCUGGGACGAAGUAGAUCCGGGGGAAUCAGUCCUCGGCCAAAGCCCACGCCUCCCAAAAGAACUACCACUCUCUUACAGGAUUAUGAGAAUCAUCGACUUGCUCCGAAGCCACCUGUUACAGUACAAGCUGUUCAACCCCUCUCGCCUUCCAAAGCAACACCAAGGUUGGCGCGGGUUAAGUCCCUGAGCUCUCCCCAAAAAGAAGGAAAUGCCUCCUUUGAUGAAGAGAUGGUGAUAAAUGAAAUCACUUUCCAAAAUAUCUCCCGAGAAGAAGCUGAAGAAAAGCUGAGACCUCAUCCGAUUGGAACUUAUCUUCUCAGAACCGGUGGAAAGAAGAAAAAAUGCACUUACGCUCUUAGUCUAAGAACAAGCUCGCCAAAAGGCUUUGAUCAUUACCGAAUUGAAACUGAUGGAACUGGCGAUUCGUACUUUAUCGAGCCUGAGUUCAAGUUUCCUGACCUCAAGUCGCUCAUUCAUCGAUAUCAAGAGGAGAAGCAACCCGUUCUUGCUGCCGAAAUACUAUAUCCUCUCUUGACGCCAAAAAACUUUCAAAGGCAAUUUUCGUCCACGCUCUUUUCCGACGAUGAUUUUACGCUUUCAGAAAAAAUCGGACAGGGCGAGUACGGUCAUGUGUACAGCAGCACUUGUUCAAAUCCUCGGCUUCUUCAUAAAUACUCUGCCUUGAAAGAAAUUAAACUGCCGCUACGACAUUCAAAAACGGGAAAAAUCGUUCCGGUUCGCCUGCAAGAGUUUUCCGAGAUCCGACUAUUGCCGCACUUGCACAAUGAAAAAGCAGCUCGUCAUAAUAUUCUUCAACAUCUUGGAAUCCAGUACAAUCCAGCGCAAUACAUCCGCAUCGUGAUCGAACUAAUGCCAGGUGGAUCCCUCCUCGACGCCCUAAAAACCAUCGGCAAGUCGAGAAUAAAAACUCUCGAUCUUCAGCGCUACGCCCGUCAAAUUUGCUCUGCGCUUCUUUACCUCAAGCACUUUCGCAUUUUGCAUCGCGAUAUUGCUGCUAGAAAUGUUCUCCUCGACGUAUCGCUCAAUAACGCAAAGCUCGGUGAUUUUGGAUUGGCGGUGACGAUCGCAGAGAUGGAGGGAAAAGAAUCAACGGCCGCUCGUGAGAUCGAGACGGUUUUGAAAAAGAAGGUCGCAGUGAAAUGGACCGCGCCGGAAAGUUUGGAAAAGAGAGUCUAUUCCUUCAGCUCGGAAAUGUGGAGCUUUGGCAUUUUGCUGUGGGAGAUGUGGAGUUACGGCCGCGUGCCCUAUAGAAAGAUCUACGUAGAAAACGUCCUAGAGCAAAUUCACCGUGGAGUUCGCUGCGAAUUGCCCGUUUCCACCGACCCUGCUUGUAUCCUCCCUGCACAUGUUCACGAACUGCUGCAGAGAAAUUCCCUGUGGUCGCUCGACCCCUCCGCCCGGCCGACAAUCGAAACUGUCGACAAGAUAUUCAAGCGCUACUAG